CAGAAACCCUAGUUUAUAUUGGUGUCUCUGUUCUUUGACACUGCUGCAGCUUAUCAUCACCAUCGCGCCCAAGAGAGAGAGAGAGAGAGAGGCGCGAAAAUGAGCGGAGCGAAGGGGAAGAAGAAGGGAGCGAGCUUUGUGAUCGAUUGCGCGAAGCCGGUGGAGGAUAAAAUUAUGGACAUUGCUUCUCUGGAGAAGUUCCUUCAGGAAAGGAUUAAGGUUGGCGGCAAGGCCGGUGCACUCGGCGAUUCCAUUACUGUCACUAGGGACAAGAGCAAGAUCACCGUCACCUCUGACAGCAACUUCUCUAAACGGUAUCUGAAAUAUUUGACCAAGAAGUACUUGAAAAAGCACAAUGUGAGGGAUUGGCUUCGCGUGAUUGCAUCCAACAAGGAGCGGAGUGUCUAUGAAUUGAGAUACUUCAACAUCGCUGAGAACGAGGGUGAAGAGGAAGACUGAAGAUCUAAUUCUGUGUCUUGAGGCAUUUUCUGUUUAGGUUUAGUUAUUGUGGAGUCUCUUUUAUCUGUUUUAUUUAUUUAACUUGUUACUGGUUUAAAUAUUCCUGUGUUUUAUUUGGACCGACGUUAUGUCUUCAUAUGAAAUUUCAUAGAGGUUAUUGGAGAUGUUGUCAUUAAAAGUCAGAUGCAAUACAUGCUACUUUAUGUUGGCAUGUAUCUUUAAUUUGGCUUCCAUUUACAGUUA